AUGAAAGAGGUUGUGAGCGUUCACAAACUCCACAAUUUUACAGCUACUACACCUAUACCAACCGAAAGUACAGUUGCUUCUGAAAGCUCGUCUCCCACAACCACAGCCACCACAUCUACAGCAUCGACGUCUACUAUAGCGGAAGGAACGUCAGCGACACAAACGACAUUCGAAGAGGGAGCAACAACUGCAGACAUUUUCAGUCUGCCUACAUUAGAUUGGCAAUUUCCAACUGAUUCUCCGGAUGUUACAGACCCCUGCAAAGAUCUCAAUGAAUUCGAACCUUGCGUGAGUAAUCCUCCCUCGACUCGCCCUCCGAAGUUAAAGGACGACGAACAACAGGAGCUAGUAACACUUAUACCUUGGGGAAAAGGAUCCAAGUGGUCCUACCCAGAUGAUGGAGGCCAGCGGAAAGUGUGGCCGAUUCCACCAAAGAAGAAAGGAGAAUCAAUCAAGGAGCCAAACUCUGUUUAUGAAGAAGAGGAAAAAGUAGUGUCUCCACAAAGGAAAGGUGAAUGGGUGGACCCAGUGAAAGGUGAAUGGGCAGAUCCUUAUGGUCAGCAGAACGGGCUUUUACCACCCCUGUUAACAAAAGGACAUGAUUCGGAAGGAAAAGCGAAAAAAGCGUAA